AUGUCUAACCUUCCUUCCGAGCCCGAGUUCGAGCAGGCCUACAGAGAGCUUGCCUCGACCCUUGAGAACUCGACCCUUUUCGAGAAGAAGCCCGAGUACAAGCGCGCCCUCCAGAUUGCCGCUAUCCCCGAGCGCAUCAUCCAAUUCCGUGUCGUCUGGGAGAACGACAAGAACGAGGUUCAGGUCAACCGUGGUUACCGUGUCCAAUACAACUCCGCCCUCGGUCCUUACAAGGGUGGUCUCCGUCUCCACCCCACUGUCAACCUCUCCAUCCUGAAGUUCUUGGGUUUCGAGCAAAUUUUCAAGAAUGCUCUUACUGGCCUGAACAUGGGUGGUGGUAAGGGUGGUGCCGACUUCGACCCUAAGGGCAAGUCCGACAACGAGAUCCGUCGCUUCUGCUACGCCUUCAUGAAGGAGUUGAGCAAACACAUUGGUGCCGACACUGACGUUCCCGCUGGUGAUAUCGGUGUUGGUGGCCGCGAGAUCGGUUACAUGUUCGGUGCCUACAAGUCGAUCCGCAACCAGUGGGAGGGUAUCCUUACUGGUAAGGGCGGUAACUGGGGUGGUUCCCUCAUCAGACCUGAGGCCACCGGUUACGGUCUCGUCUACUACGUUGAGCACAUGAUCCAGUACGCCUCGGGCGGCAAGGAGUCCUUCGCUGGCAAGCGUGUCGCCAUCUCCGGUUCCGGCAACGUUGCUCAGUACGCUGCUCUCAAGAUCAUCGAGCUCGGUGGUACCGUCAUCUCUCUUUCCGACUCCAAGGGUGCCAUCAUUGCCACCUCCGAGAAGGGCUUCACCCCCGAGAUCAUCGACGUCAUUGCCGACCUCAAGCUCAACCGCAAGGCUCUUUCUGAUCUCACCUCCGAGUACAGCAGCCAGUUCAAGUACGUUGAGGGUGCCCGCCCCUGGAAGCACUGCGGUAACGUCGAUGUUGCCCUUCCCUCAGCCACCCAGAACGAGGUCUCCGCCGAUGAGGCCGAGGCUCUCAUCUCGCAGGGUGCCAAGUUCAUCGCCGAGGGUUCCAACAUGGGUUGCACCCAGGAGGCCAUCGACAUCUUCGAGGCCUCAAGAAAGGAGAAGAAGGGCUCUGCCAUCUGGUACGCACCCGGAAAGGCCGCCAACGCCGGUGGUGUCGCAGUCUCCGGUCUCGAGAUGGCACAGAACUCUCAGCGUCUGAAGUGGACCAGCGAGGAGGUCGACGAGAAGCUCAAGCAGAUCAUGAAGAACUGCUUCGAGAACGGUCUCGAGACCGCAAAGGAGUACGUCACUCCCGCCGAGGGCGAGUUCCCUUCGCUGGUUGCCGGCUCCAACAUUGCUGGCUUCAAGAAGGUUGCUCAGGCCAUGCACGACCAGGGUGACUGGUGGUGA